GGGAAUUUACUACACGUGUAGUUCUUCACACUCUCUUCUGUGCGCUCCUCAUCGAAUCUUCUCACACCAUUCUCUCUUUCUCUCUCUUUCUCUCAGUCUUCUCUGCACUGCAUCCUUCACCUAUUUUUCCCCAAAUCGUAAGCACCAGAGGGACACAGAUACGAGGUUGCAAGAGUCACAAUGAGUCUGGCAUGUCUUGUGUGCCAUAGUGUGGAUAGUCCAUCACCAUCACACUCUUUCAGGAGCUACUCUGUUUCAAGUGCAGAAAAUGAAGGAAGAUGCCAUGCUGUUGCAACCUGCUUAACCAGGAAACUGUCUCUUCCACCCUCUGCAGUACACUCUUUUCUUGCACCAACAUCAUCUUCCAAAGUCACACCACAACCUGCUGGUUCAAGCAACAGCUUGAUACCUGGCGGCACGCCGAGGCUUGUCAGAAGCCGUGCAGUGACAAGGGACCGAGUAAGAAAUUGGAAUUUUGAUGAAAUUGUAAUGCAGUCCUAGUCAAAACUAUAAGAUAGAAUAAGACUAGGGAAUUUUCUGGUGGGAUAGUUUAUAGCAUGGUAUUGCUAUUUUGCCCCUUUAAAUUUUGUUAUGGGUGCAAUUUAUCUCUUUCUCUAGUUUUCUUGUAAAAGAGUCCAAACAUUUCUAGCCAUGAAAAUAUUCUACUGCGUGAUUCUACUUCA